AGAGAAGGGCAGGUGAGGUGAGGCGAGGCGAGGAUGUCGUGACGACGGAAAAACGGAGCAGCCGAGGCGAGGAAGCCGCCACCGCCACCGCCGCGACCCCAAUGCGCGCGCCUCCCGCCGCCUCAGAUCCCCACCCCUAACCCUAGCCUCCGCCUCCGCCCCCGCCUCGCCGCCUCCUGCUGCCGCGACGAGCGCGCCACGGACGUCGCGGGCGACCCCCCGGAGGCGGAUGCGAUCGGGCGCCCUCGCGUAGCGCCCCCGGGCUUCACCUUCUCCUAGGGGUAGGGGAGGGUAGCGGUGGCUGUAGCCCUAGACGCGGCGGCGCGCGGUUCCGUGCCCUGAGGGAGGGGAGGAGCAGAUCGGUGUGUGUGUGGGGGAGUGAUGCCGGGGGACGUGGCGACCUCGCCGGCGCCGGCGCCGCCGUCCGCGUCUUCGCAGCAGAGCCACCACGCCACCUCCGCCCGCGGCCUGCUCUGCCACGCCGCCGCCGGCGCCUCCGCUGGUGUGGUUGCGGCGACCUUCGUGUGCCCGCUCGAUGUGAUCAAGACGAGGUUUCAGGUGCACGGCUGGCCCAAGCUCGCCACCGGCACAAUUGGAGGUAGUGUAAUAAUUGGAAGCUUACAACAGAUUGCUCAGAGGGAAGGUUUUCGGGGAAUGUAUCGUGGUUUAUCUCCAACUAUUCUGGCACUCUUGCCUAACUGGGCGGUCUAUUUUACUGUGUAUGAGCAGCUUAAAAGCUUGCUUUCUUCCAAUGAUAGAAGUCAUCACCUGUCCUUAGGGGCAAAUGUUAUUGCUGCAUCAUGUGCUGGAGGUGCAACUACUAUUGCAACAAAUCCACUUUGGGUUGUGAAGACAAGAUUUCAGACCCAAGGGAUACGAGCUGGGGUGAUCCCGUACAAAGGUACACUUGCUGCUUUGAAGAGAAUAGCACAUGAAGAAGGCAUUCGUGGACUGUACAGUGGACUUGUCCCUGCCUUGGCUGGUAUCAGUCAUGUUGCUAUUCAGUUUCCUGCAUAUGAGAAGAUCAAAGCUUAUCUGGCUGAGCGAGAUAAUACUACAGUGGAGGCAUUAAGUUUUGGUGAUGUUGCUGUUGCUUCAUCCCUGGCAAAAGUUGCUGCGUCAACCUUGACAUAUCCUCAUGAGGUUGUUCGCUCAAGGUUACAGGAGCAGGGAGCACACUCCAAGGCGAGAUAUACAGGUGUAAUGGACUGCAUCAGAAAGGUCUAUCAUAUAGAGGGUUUGACCGGUUUCUACCGUGGAUGUGCAACUAAUCUGUUGCGGACAACUCCUGCCGCAGUAAUAACAUUUACCAGCUUUGAGAUGAUUCACAGGUUCCUUCUUGAUGUAUUCCCUCCUUUACCUGAACAGCAACCCCAACCGCUGAAGCAUUGAUUGUACAAUCCUUGUGCCCCUAUCCAUGUUGUCACUGUUGAGUAGAAACCCAGUAAAACCAUCCAUGGACACCGUUUACCUUUGUUAGAAGGCUCUCCUAAAAGAGAUUUUGAUAAUGCAACAGGUAGCUACCACUGAAAGCACAAAUCAUAGUGUAGGACAGUAAUUAGCAUUUCUGUGUGUAUUAUUACUUUUGAUAGCAUGCAAUGAGGAGGUAUAUGGGUUUAGGGCUGUGGGGACAUGGUGAUUUUGGUGGGGUAUGUUGUCCGAUGAUGAUGAUGAUGAAAAAAAAAAAGAUACUAUUAUGUGGAUACAAUAAUUGCUCCAUUCAUUUUAUUCCUCUUUUAUGAUUCGUUUUGUGAUACUGAACUCAAAUAUGCCUUGGAGCAGACUGGCAGUUUUGUUAUAUAGGAGUACUAUAUAUUUGCAAUGGUCAA